UAUACAAAAAUAACCAAAGAGAACCCUCACUCUCUCAGCCCGUCGCCCCGGCCAUCUGCCACCCCUAGCCCCUAGGUCCCUAUCCGGCUCGUCGCCCACCAACUGUGGACAGUCCGACGCCGAGUCGCCGACGCGAAAUCGGAAGGACCACCAGCUCAAAAAAGCGCCGCCCGGCACCGAUGUCGCUGCGGCGGAUGCGAUGGAUGUCGGACGAGGACGGGCGGUGGGAGCUGGACGCGGAGACCCCGGUGACGAUGGAGGGCACGGUGCGCCCCGUCCCGGGGGACCCCCUGCCGCUGGGGCUGUCACGGGGCUACCGCGUCACCCGCCCCAAGCAGCUCGACUUCUUCCACCGCUUCAUGGCGUCCCCUCUCGUCCCCACCUUCUCCGCCACCCGCGACGGCCUCUCCGUCAACCACGCCCACAUCCUCUACAUCACGGACAACUGGUCUUCUAUCAUCUUGGAGAAAAUCAAUGUUAACAAGCUUAUGUCUGUCGUGAAAGAAAAAUUUGCAAAUCGACAGGAAGAGGCCUCUUGGACCAAAGAUUUGAAGAAACACUUGCAUGAUGUUAUGUCUCUAGGUGUAGGCACGGAAAUCUUGAUCACACCAGACACCACUUUGCUGCUGGAGUUAUUUGAUAUCAAGAAAGGCAAUCGAGGAAAAGCGAUAUUUCACCACGAGCUUCCUCAUCAUAAUAUUACAGUCCAAGCAUCUUGGCCUGGAUUAUUUGUUGAUAAAAGGGGAGCAUAUUGGGAUGUGCCAUUGUCAUUAUCAGCUGACCUUUCUUCAGUUGGCUCCAGUUCUGGGUUGAGUUAUCAUCUAUUAUUGCAGCAGAAUAGUGGGGAACCAAAAUGUUUUGGUGGUGAUGAAACAGAUGAUGUUCCUAUUGCUCUGCUACCUGGCCUAUGUGCUAAAGCGGCCAUUUCCAUCAAGAAAAGCAUUGAUGUUUGGAGGAAAAAAGAAGAUAAGCUAAAAAGCGUUCAGCCAUAUGAUAUAUUUCUCUCGGAUUCACAUGUUUCUCUUACUGGUAUCGUUGGUGCAGUAGCCAGUGGAUAUUUGGGGAACUGUUCAAGGAGAGUGGCUAUACGAGAUGAAACACAAAAGAGUAAUGCUUUUAGAAUGUUUGACGAAAGGAAUAAAUGUGCUGCCUUUGCUGACCUCUUUGCUUCUGUUACUUUCACUGCUCGAUAUGGGAAUUUUCAGAGGCUUUUUUUGGAUUUGACUAAGGCAAGUGCCCGAUUUGAUAUCACCUCUGGCUCCUUGUUCUUAUGUGGUGCUUCUCGCCUUGCACAAGAUUUCUUCUUCUCUAGAAGACCUGAUGUAGAGACAUUCUGUGAUAUUUGUCCUGAUGUGACUGUUUCCCUUCAACAACAGAUAGUUGGGCCCUUCAGUUUUCGUGUUGAAUCCUCUGUUGCCUUUGACCCCAGAAGCCAGGACCAUUUUGUUCGAGUGGAUGAUCCCAUCUUUGCAAUUGAUUGGGCUCUCAAGGUCCUGGGUUCAGCAAAGGCCACAGCAUGGUAUUCACCCAAGCAUCAAGAGGCCAUGGUGGAGCUCCGGUUCUACGAAACCUGAAGCUGUUUAUCAUGAAUGAUUGAACGUUGUAGAAAAUAAUGCCUGGACUUCAUGAUCGUUAUGAUCGCUGAUUUCACUAGGAUCAGAUCUAUGGAUGGUUGACGCCGUGAUGAUUAGAUGAAUCGACCCCCUUGUUAAAUCUAUUUAUGACCUGCUUUUACCGGUUGAGUCAUCAGUUUUUUUGCUACGAAGGGAGUUAUACUGUUUGGAGUCUUUAGAAUAGUGAACUUGCUAGGUGAACCUAUGUGAGAUUAUAUAUGUUUCUGAUUGCCUUUUA